CGUCGUCGUCGUCGUCGUCGUCGUCGUAUUAUUUUGUUUUAACCACUGCCAACGAUAAACAGCAAUGCCAUUUACCUAUGACAAUUACAAGGACAUUCUCGUCGCGCUUGACGGGCCUGUCGCCAUAUUGACAUUCAACCGGCCCAAGUAUCAAAAUGCAUGGACGGAAGAAAUGAACAAGGAAGUCAUUCACGCCUUUGAGCAAUUUGAUCUGGAUGACCGAGUUCGGGUUGUCAUUGUGACGGGAACGGGUGGAGCGUUUUGUGCUGGUGCUGAUUUGAGAAAAGGCGAUUUCUCUACAGACGGACGAUACCAACCCAUUACCAUCAACGACCAUCGUGAUGGAGGAGGUCAAGCCUCGCUGGUCAUUCAGCGAUGCCGCAAGGUGGUGAUUGCGGCUAUCAAUGGGCCGGCGGUAGGCGUUGGGAUCACCAUUACUUUGGGAAUGGACAUCCGAAUUGCGUACAAGGAUGCAAAGAUUGGUUUUGUCUUUGUCCGCCGGGGUAUCGUCCCGGAAGCCACAUCCACCUACCUUCUCCCCCGCCUUAUAGGCCACUCACGUACCAUGACCCUAUUCCUAACCGGCAAGGUGUACCCCGCCCACUCUCCCCUUCUUAGUCUCCUCUUUUCAUCGCUCAUCGACACACCGGACCAAGUUUUGCCCGCUGCUCUGGAGCUCGCAAAGGAAAUUGCAGGAAAGACGAGCGCAGUCAGUGCAGCGUUUGCCAAAGCUCUGGUUUGGAGACCAAAGGCGUCCCCAGAGGAACAGCAUCUGUUGGAUUCAAAGGCCAUGUACGCGACUGGGAAUGGCGCAGAUGGGAAAGAGGGUGUCAAGAGCUUUUUGGAAAAGAGGCAGCCAAAGUUUGCAGGGACAGUCACAAAGGAUCUGCCAGACUUUUACCCUUGGUGGGAUCUUGUCGACGUCAGGUCCAAGAUCUAAGUCUAUGUAGGGUAGCAGCAUUAGGACGCAAUUGGCCACGUUCUCGAUAAAGUCCAAGAAAAGAAGGAUAGACAGGUGGUAUCCUAGCCCCAAAAAUUCGCAACAAUUCAAUAAACAAAGCUGUGGUUUCAAAAACAAAAUAAAAUACACAAAAAGAACCACAUUAUAACAUUCA